CUGGGGUGUUCCGUGUUAGUACUGUUUAGUGUUUAGUCACACUGAAUGUUUCAUAAAAUUUUAUGUAUACCGCGUGAAUUUAUAGAAAAUAAUAAAUAUAUGUUAAAGGUGCAAUAAAUGUGUUAACUCCUUUCGUGUGUGUUGUUAGUUGUUAAAACAUUUUAGACAUACAAUGCGCGAAAGUCUUCGCCGGCUGGCGUCAGACGAAGGCACCAGUAUGGUGGGACUGCGCAGGACUGGCACGGGACGAGUUCGCGUUGAGCUGUUUAAUGGGGAACAUAUUACAAUAGAUAUUGAGCGUAAAGCCAGUGGCGCUGAUCUUCUGGACAAGGUGUGCGAUACCCUGGAUAUUUUGGAGAAGGAUUUCUUUGGACUGUUGCACGCACAGCGCGGUGAUCCGCGAGUCUGGGUCGACCUGGGACGACGACUUUCGAAGACCUUUCGAAAUGAGCCGUGGGACGUUCGGUUAUCCGUAAAGUUCUAUCCUCCGGAGCCAUCUGAGUUAUACGAUGACAUCACACGAUAUCAGCUCAGCCUUGCAGUACGGCGGGACCUAAUGGAAGGCCGUCUCGUCUGCUCCCAUAUAACGUAUGCUCUCCUUGCGUCAUACGUAUUACAAGCGGAGUUGGGGGACAAGCAAGGGGCGGUUAGCACUAGUACAUUAUGCGAACACAAUGCGAUACCGUUUCACGUUCUUAACGAGAGACAGCAAGAUAAUAUCGAACAGCUGUAUGCUAAGCAUAGAGGCCAAACUCCAGCGGAUGCAGAACUGAGUUACUUAGAAAACGCAAAACGAUUGCCUUUAUACGGCGCUGAAGUUCAUAAAGCGAAGGACUCUGAAGAUGUCGAUAUUAAUAUAGCUGUAUCGGCCGCUGGGAUCACAGUAUUGAGAGAUGGAGUGAUAAUGAAUCGUUUCCCAUGGACCAAAAUACUUAAAAUUAGCUACAAUAAACGUUCAUAUACGCUACGUUUGCGUCCCAGUGAGUUUGACGAGUUCGAAACACACUUGACUUUUAAACUACCCUCAUCCACCGCGAGCAAACGAUUGUGGAGAUGUAGCGUGGAACAUCAUAUGUUUUUUCGCCGAGAAAUUCCAGUAAAAGUUGAGCGUAUUAACGGUUUCCCACGGCUCGGGUCGAGACGUCUGUCCUGUCGCAGGACGCUGAGGCAAAUGCGUUCUGAAAUUCAUGCACCCGCGCUUCUACCCGCAUGACAUUAUUCAACUACCCACAUGAUUAUUUAACAUAUACAUAGGGUAUUACACAUCUUAAAUUAAUUAAAUUGAUAACAUUGAGUGGAAAGAUUGAAGAUAUAUUCACUUAUCCGUAUAUAAUAUCUCAAUAAAUAUUACUCACUUAUGUAAUAAUUCUAACGUAUAAGAAGUAUUUAUAUUUUAUAAACUGGUCAGAUCAAAGAUAUCUUUCAUUAAGCCUCUAGUUUCUAUAUAUUCAUAACAUGUUCAGUCGCUUCGCACAGCUGGAUAUUUAUUUUGUUAUAGACUAGCCGUCCCCGCGAACUUUGUUUCGCCUUAAUAUGUUUUACUUAGCCUCCCUUUUUAGUAGUAUCAUUUUGCUAUGCUACCCUAUGGAGACUGUUCGCUUUACCGAAAUAAUAAACAAUAUUUUUUUUCAAUAUAAAUCCUUCCUGAGUUCAAGAAAUUGAACCAACCCUCUUCUAUUUUUGCGCUUUCUAAUAUAUUCUGCGAUAUUUUUUUUAUAUUGAUGUAAUAAAUACAUAUUAUAUUAUGUCUUCUACAAAUCUGUAGUACCUACGAGAUUACGAGCAUCACUUUGCUCUAUUCUCAAUAGUUGCCGCAAAGAUAUAGUGUCUAUGUUUAAUAUUUUUUCACAUCCUGUUAAAUUAUCGAAGUUUUCCUAUGAUCUCUAUUUUGAUAACAUUCUAUAGCCUAUGUUCAUCAGGAAUAGUGUAGGUAAUUUGAAAGAUUUUUUCAAAUCGGUCUGGUAGUUUUUGUGCUUAUUCCAUGCAAACAAUCAAAUCUUUCCUCUUUAUAAUAUUAUAUAUUCAGAAAUACUAAUUUUUCGUCUCUUUCUGUCAAUGUAUGUUUAAGCCGAGAUAAAAAGGGACAGAUGAAUACUUUAGUUCAAACGGUGCAAUUAGUCCGACUUAUUUUAUAAAUAAGAGGCUAUAUAAUGUCUUGUCCUAGGCUACGUAAGUACGUUUAUGAAUAAAAUUGUUCUAAAUAAAACUUUAUCUAUGUUAUUAUACCAUACCUUAAAGUUAAUCGGUUACAAUAUUGUGUUAUAAAUAAAACAGUAACCAAUUUUGAGUUUUCCAUAUUAUAUUGAGAGAUAUUACAUGUAUGAUAUAGCUUUAGACGGAUAACGCUUUAAAUAUAUAUAAAGCGUCCAAAAUUGGUGCCUUCGUCCAGUGUGCCAAAACCAUAGAUAAGACCGUAACAAUAUUAGAUAUAACGAAAACCGACAGUUAACAUACCUUAAUUUUAAAUAUAGAAUGGCAGAAUGACCUGCGAACGAAAAUAUAAUUUGAUUGUACUUUGAACAUAAAAUUACAGAUAAAAAAUUCUCUGUGACAUUACGAAAAAUUGUUUUAUAUAAUUAUUUGAAAAAAGAAUGUCUUUCUUUUUAAAUAUUUGAAAAAAGAAAGAAUUGUUUUACAUUCCAUAGCCACAAUUUUGAAAAUGGAAUUGUGUUUAUACACUAAUUACUAAUAAUAAAAUGUAUCUAUUAUUCUAUUAGUUACCCUUACUUUUUGAUUUCACCAACUAUUGAGGCAUAUUUCGCAAUGUUUAAUAUCAAAAUUUUACAUAUUAUGCUAUUUGUUGUAACGAGUAGGUAUUAGAUAUAUAUAUUAUCUCCUAUAGCUAUAAUUUUAAAAGUGCCAUUAUUGUUAUAUGUUAUAAAACCCUGUGAAAAAAAUGUAUAUUCAAACUAUUAAAUUGCGAUAUAACUGACUCGUAAAUAUUAUUACCAAAACAAAUCUAUGAUGCUUGAGGUCAUUUACUUCUAAAGGUCAGAAUCAGACAUCCUUCGCAAAUAGUCUGUGCCGACCGCGGAAACUAAAAAGGGUGUGGCGGUUAUGCGAUCUAACAUUAUUCUUAUUAGCUAUGCGUCAUUUCAUUUAUUCACAUUAAGUAGCAAUAUAAGAUAAGUAUAUGUUGAAUUAUAAUGACGUAACAGUAUCAUAAACAAUAAAAAAUAUAUACCUAGCAUUGCAGACGGCCUCAAAUCCCACGACAGUUCACUUUCGAUGAAAUUUGCUAUUAGCGCCAUCUAGUGAAUGUAUUCGGUACUAAUACUAAUAUUUACAUCAGUUACAGUUAGUAUUUCACAGGUUUUUUUGACAGAUACAUAUAAUAGGGAUUCAUAAAGGAGACUAAGCGCGAAGAGUACUCUUUAUCAAAAUCCAAUACAUUUUUGACUCGGAUUUAGCGCUAGAUCUCGGUUCUGAGUCUUACCCAUAGAUGUUUAAAUUAAUAUUUUAGCUUUGUAAUAAGAAAUAUAUAAUUUCAUAUGA